AUGGCAUCGAACGGAGCUGCAUUAGUUCACGAGCUUCAGACUCGAAUACGCGAGCUCGAAAACUUGCGCAAGACCCGCACAGAUGAGGCGUCGAGGAUUAUUGCAUCCCAGCGCUCCACCAUCGACCGGCUUCGAGCUGAGAACCAGCGAUUGGCGGCUGAUCUCACUUCUGUUGGAAGCACGGAUGCCACUGCGAUGGCUGCUUUGGUCGCAACGGGCUCCGCCGCGUCCUCCGUCAUGGUCAAGCCGGCGGGACUCACACCCUCCCAGGCAGAGCGUGCGGACAAGCUGAUGGAAGUUGCCGACACGUACAGCAGAAAGGACGUCACGCAGCCGCGGGGGGCAUUACUGAACACAGUGAAAGCGCUUCGGAAGUGCUUCGGAGCACUGCGAAUAAAGCGAAGUGAAGAACCAUCUGAAAUCAGAUUUAUCGUACUGCAGGGUGCACAGGCUAUGAAAAUUGAAGUGGAGCAGCGGCAGUUGGAGAGCUUGGAACGGGAAGUGGAGCUGGCUCAGGCGCAGUUGCUGGCGGCCCGGAGGGACAUUGGCGGCCACAGCGGCACGCAGGCUGUUACAGUGGCUCCGGUGAAGGCGAUCAAGGCGCUGGAGACCCGGCUGGAUGCGGCCCACCGGCGCUUUAACGAGCACAUCGCGGCCAACAGGGACCUCAAGCAGCAAAUAGAUGCGGCCACACGCAGACAGGCAGCCUUGGAGCAGGUCCGCUCCCACCUGGAGCGGGAGGUGGCCUCCGUGGCUGCCGAGCUGCUGGCGGUGCAUGAGGUCACCAGAGUGGCUCAGGAGGCUAGGCAGGAGGCACUGGCGCAGGUGGCUGCUCUGCGGGUUUCGGAGGAUGCCGAGGCGGCUGCGUUUGAGGCGGAGGUUCGGGAGCUUGCGGCUUGCCAGGCGGCGGAUGAGAAGCUGCUGCAGGUGGUGGUGGCGGACAUGGACACGCAUAUGACGUCCCUUCUACUGCGUGCCCAGGCCGCCCGACUCACGCGGGCGGUGGAGGCGGCCGAGGCGACUGAGGGCGGCGCGGGCGGGGGUGGGGGCGGGGGUGCCACCUCGGAGCCACUGGACUUGGACUCGCUUGAGCAGGGUAUGGGGGUGGAGGCGGCGGCACUGCAGCUGCAGAGGGCCGCGGGAGUAUCCUCCCUGCCAGAGGCCCUGGAUCACUACCGCUCCCUGGAGCAGCGCUCCUUCGAGCUGUUCACCUCGUGCAAUGAGGCCAAUGAGCGGAUGCAGGUGCUGGGUCAGGAGGCCAGGGAGCUGGAGGCGGAGGUGCGCCAGCUGGAGGCGGAUGCCGUGGUGGGUCGGCAGCACGAUGCGAUACGCCAAGUACUGGGUCGCCGGGACGCAGCCGUCAAGAGACUUGAGAGUCUGGUAGACAGACGAACAGCCAUGGAGCGACGGCUAGCUAUGCUGCGGACAGGCAUCUUGACGUGCCUCCGGAGGUUGGGUGCCGCUGCGGCAGCGCAGGCCUGGGAUGCCUCCGCGCCGUCGGUGUCAAGUGGCGGCAGCAAGCGGUCCAGCGUCAGCGACGGCGGCAGCGCCGGCGGCGGCGGGGCUGUUGCGGGGGCGGCCCCGCCAGCGCAGCACCCCUCAGCGGCCUUAUGCGCUCACGUCAUGGCGGGACUGGCCCUCCUGGAGCAUCGCGCCGCCGCCAUCAUUGCCGUGCAAGGUACGAUAGUGGGCCGUUCGUCCAGCCUGGCGCGUGUGUCGGGAUCUGGCAGCAGACCGACUACCGCAUUGCCCUCGACGGCGGCGGGUCCCGGGGCUUCGUCGGCCGCCGCCGCCGGCAAGGCGGCGGGUCGCGGCAGCGGCAGCGGCGCAGCCGGUGGCGGUGGCGGCGGCGGCGGUGGCGGCGGCAACGAAGUCGAGAUGAUUGACGAGUCUGACGAGGAGGAGAUGCCGCUGACGAGGGAACAGAUACAGGCGCGCUCCGCUAGUAUGCAUAGGCUGUAGCGCAAAUGCCGUACAGUUUUAGUGACGCUGUGGUGGCACGGCCCGGCGGUGGCGGGUUGCCCCGGUGAUUUGUUUGAGUGCUUGUAUGUAUAUACGUACUUGCCAACUACGGGGAUAAGGGCUGGAGGGCUGAGGAAGCGUACGGUAAGAGGAUACAGUAGUACUGAUCAUGUCGUUUUUAGUGUUGGGGGCUUCCCUGCUUGUGUCCUCUCGCGGUCGUUGCUCGUUGGUUUGGUUUGUGGCGAAGUGUUGCAGGAGAAUCAGGGCGGUACGGUAGACACGCCCACUAAAUAUCGUCAUGACGCGGGGUGGCGGCGCGAGUGUGGCCUUGGGUUAGUGGUACAUUUAAGAAAGGCGGAUGUGCGGCGGGAGCAGUUUGGCUUUGGGCCCCGAAUAUCACCUGUUGUUGCAUCGGGCGCCACCAACCUGGCACCUAUGUUUGGCGGACUCCGUGUGUGACCUUAAUCGUUUUCGUUUAUUCAUGGAGCGGGAUUUCUCCUGGUCUGAGGGAUUGGACUUCCGGUAAUCCAGGCCUUGCCUGUCCUGCGUUUGCUCUAUACAUUUUGGAUGUUUAACGGUAAACCGUUG